UUCAGUAGAAAAAAUCUUAGUUUCGAUAGAACAGAUGAAAUCCAUUGUCAAAACGCCCGAGAAUAUUAUUUGAUAGAUAUUAUGAAUUUCCCUAAAAUUUAGCAGUAAUAAUAUGUCCUAGACUCAGAAGUAUCUUAUGACAAUAUUUUUUAAAAGAUUACGGGUUCUUUGAAUAUUCUGAAUUGUGUUUUUGAAAUUAAAGUGACUUUCAGUGUAAGCAGGACUUUUUCCCUGCAAACUAGUUAAAUGUGUCUAUCUACUCGUGCCGAAAAUUCGUGUAAACUGGAGUACAAAAUUCAUACAAACCUACUAUUAUCUACAUUCGCAAAAAGAAAUCUAUAACUCCACAAGAAUCUUUUAAUUGUAAUUUCACUGUACAUUUUUAAUUUUAACCGAAAUGCGGUUCAGGUCAGCAGACGUCGUAUUGAAAAAGGGCGAGAAGCCAAUAUGGGACGCAGAGCACAUCUUUGAGUAUGUCUCCCCAAUGGUAUCGCCGGGAUCAGGAUCAAGUGCUGGAAGAAAGAAGUGCCUUAUUGACUACCCCAUGGCAUAUAUUGAUACCAAUGUUAUUGGAUGCUGGAGUCUGGAAACGAUUGGUAUGGCCGGGAAAUUACUGCGGAAACCACCCAUAGCAGUAAAGUUCGACGAUGAAUAUGAAAUGCGAAAAGUGUACUCCUUGAUUUAUGAUGUUUUCAGAUAUAAGCACAUAUUAUGCCAGGCAUUGACUGAUACCUCGUUCUAUUCUCUAUACCCAGAGUUGAAAAAAGAUCAAAAUAGAGUUUGGCUGCUCUUGUUCGAACUACAUGCACGACAGUUCUCAAAAAGACAACCAGAAGAAAUUGGACUUCAAGAACUAAUUUACAGGGAAGCCGACCUUGAAUAUAUAUCCGCUCGAUUGUGGGAUCAACGGAUUAAGUUAGCUGCUGCAAUAUCAAGACUCCGCAUCAAAAAGGGAGCCUUGCAGCUUUCCCACUUACUACCUCCACAUUUACAGGACGAAAAAGUGGCAGUAGCAGCAGCCAAUCCAAUAGUUUCAGGAUGGAUGAAUCCUUUCAAAUUAAAGGACAAAUUUACAGCAAUUGAAAUGCUUGAGCAAAUGGGAAUGGAAGAGGUGCCUCUAGAUGAAGAUGGAGCAGAACAACCACUCCAGCAAAACCAAUACCGAUGGGACAAAGUAUGUCCCUUGUUCAUGUCCUGUAUUCCCAGGGAUCGUGGUGAAUUUGCGCAGUCGGAAAUUGUGAAAAACAAUUAUUUCAUCAUGCAGGAUAGAACCUUUUCGAUAGCUCCUGCGAUAUUAUCACGUCUCUUUGAUUAUUUUGAACUAGAGGGUGAUGUUGUCCAAACUCAUGUUUCGUCACCGCGAUCGACUGCUUAUUUAGCAGCUUUGUUUUACUCAGUGAAUCGAGUUAACCAUUUCCUGGCGUAUGGUGCUGGAGUUAACCUCCUCGAAUACAGACGCUAUAUGGAAACAAUUGGGGUUAACAACAUUCGACUCUAUUCAGAGAAGUUUUGCAAUAUCCCUUUAGAAUCUGCAAGUCUAGAAUUAGCAGUCGGAGUAUUCGCCACUCCUCCGAAUUCCUUUAGUGGCGUAAAUGAUCCCAUAGACCUGAUUUGUAGCCGCGGGGGAGAUUUGAGCAUUCUGGAAGUUUUGACUGAGUCGGAGAUCAGUAAUGAGGGCAAAAAACGAGUGGCGCAGCUUCUUGAAGAACAGAGAGAAACCUUAAGAUUGGCUAUGUCCCGACCCCAGGUUCAGUUCGUUCUCUAUGAAACCCAUUCUAUAGUUAGCUCAGAAAAUCAGGACAUGGUACAACAAGCUGUUUAUGAUAUCAACCGUUGUGCGUUCGAAAAGCACUUAAUCAUCUACAAGGAGAAAAAGCGACUAGAGGCCUUAGCUGAGUUGGAAGCGGCUAACAUUCCCGCAGCCGCCUUUUCGCAGUCAGGUCCUCAACGGCGGGCUGCGGGAGGUAGUGCUGUAACUGUUGGACCAUCAAGUGCGACGACAAAUAAAUCUGAGGAAACAAGUAGUGCCCGAUUUCGAAAAGCUCGCAUAGAUAGCAUUGACAGCUCCAUUGAUUCAGAUGCAUCAAAUUUGGAUACCGCGAGAAAAUCCGCAACUACAUCUAGUGAUGACUACGCUCAAAAUAUUAAAGUACCCAAAACUGACGAAUUCAUGGUAGCUAAUGUUCCGGAUAUUUGUAUGAAUCAGGAUAAGUGUCUCAAGUGGAAUUCACUAGGAUGUUUUGUCUCCUUGAUUAAUCGUAAGCAAAUAACAAAAUUAGAUGCCAAAUAUCUAAUCAAAAUGGCUGAGGCUAGAGGGUUAUUCGGGAGCUCGGAUAAGAAAAAGUCAAUGAAACCGAAAUCCUCGAAGAAGCCGGAGAAGAAAGUGAUUAUAGCCAAAGACGAUGAUUCCAAAAAAUCUAAAUCGAAGAAGGCAGAUAUUGCAAUUUUGAUUGAAAGACUAUGUCGACCGACAUAUGCAAGCUGCUAUCGGUCUCACCAACAAAGUAUCUCUUCUGCCGAGAACCAACUUUUGACAUUUAAUUUGGUCACAAAAGUCUGUUCAAGGCAUAGCAAGCACCAUUCGGAUGAAUUUUUCCCUUACAAGAGCUAUGGUGCGGAGUCUCGGGCGAAAAUUUGGUGGCGAGAGACCGCUGACUAUAUCAGUAAUAUGCGGCAUGAGGAGGAUAUAACCAUGUCCCAACCAGAGAAUGAGGAGCAAAGUAAACCCCUUCAUUUGACCCGUGAUUAUAAUGAAACCAACCAAGCUGCCUACAUGAUGUAUUCCCCUGGCAGUAGGAGACGAUAUCAAAAGUUCAACAAAAAGCAGCCAUAUCCUGUGACAGUUAGAUAUUUGGAGUUCAAAGGGCAUGAAAUGUUCAAAUAUCGACAAAUGCGAAGUUAUCCAUGUCCCCAAUCCACCACUGAUUACGACGAUAAAAAGAUACUAUAUCGGCCCAAUUUCGUUAACAAACGCAAGUGCCUGGGGAGCUGUUAAGCUUUGGAAGAGACUAUUUCCAAUUUUUAGAUUUUUAUAUCUCCGAUUUUUUUUUUGUUUUUUUUAUCUUUUUUUGUCAUUGGCAGAUUGCUGAAUAGGUUUUAGUAAUAUUGUUGAUUUCAGGCUCUUUUCAGAAUCGGGCUACUGGUCAACAUGAAUGGAGGGAACUGUUUGUGACCUUUAGUGGAAACUGUUAUUAGUGGUUGACAAAAUAUUAUGUUGUAAGAAUAUUUCUUUUGUUGA